UAUCUCGCUGACGUCAUAGAUAUACGACACGCGCUUACAUGACCCUGGAAAUAAUCACACAGGAGCAAAUAUACUCAUUGUUGGGGCAUUUUGCAAGAUAUAUAUUUAUAUAUAUAUAUGUAUAUAUUUGGUGAGGAAGUCAGCGGCCAAUGAGGUGAGCAUUAGCCCGACAUGGCUGCGUCCGGCCUGACUUCUGUGGACAAGUCCGGCCUGACUUCUGUGGACAAGUCCGGCCUGACUUCUGUGGACAAGUCCGGCCUGACUUCUGUGGACAAGUCCGGCCUGACUUCUGUGGACAAGUCCGGCCUGACUUCUGUGGACAAGUCCGGCCUGACUUCUGUGGACAAGUCCGGCCUGACUUCUGUGGACAAGUCCGGCCUGACUUCUGUGGACAAGUCCGGCCUGACUUCUGUGGACAAGUCCGGCCUGACUUCUGUGGACAAGUCCGGCCUGACUUCUGUGGACAAGUCCGGCCUGACUUCUGUGGACAAGUCCGGCCUGACUUCUGUGGACAAGUCCGGCCUGACUUCUGUGGACAAGUCCGGCCUGACUUCUGAGCAGCCGGUGAAGAAGAAGCCGUGUCGCGCGUGUACAGACUUCACAUCGUGGAUGAAGACACAGAAGCGCCAGACGACGUCUGCUGUGGAGGAGUCCAAAGCUGAGCAAGAUCCUCAAUGCCCACUUGACCGGGAGGAACUGGGUCGCAACACCUGGUCCUUUCUGCACACCAUGGCGGCGUAUUACCCGGACACACCUUCUGCCAGCCAGCAGCAAGACAUGGGACACUUCUUUCACCUCUUCUCCAAGUUCUUCCCCUGUGACGAAUGUGCCGGGGACCUCAGGGACAGACUAAAAAGCAACCAGCCGGACACCCGCAGCCGUCACGCCUUGUCUCAGUGGUUGUGUCGACUCCACAACAACAUCAACGUGCGUCUGGGGAAGCCGGAGUUUGACUGCUCUCGAGUGGACGAGAGAUGGAAGGACGGAUGGAAAGAUGGUUCCUGUGACUGAGACUAAUCCUCCCAGAACUUUCCGCGUGUGGAAGGACAUGAUUUCAUUCCAAAUGGAGUUGCUGUCAACAAAAUGGAGAAAGGUCCCUUUAGGACCAACACUAAUGCUAAGAUGCAGUCGUACCCCAGCUGAAGAGUCUAGUUCUCUCACUAAAUAUUCUUAUUUCAAAUCAAUAUUACACUUUGAAAUUCUUUGGUUGUGGGAGCUCAAACAAACACAACAAUUGUGUCAUCUAUCAUGCUUUCAAUAAGAAAAAUAAACUUCUACAUAAGUAA